AUGGCACAGUUCGAAGCGAUGCAGAAGGGAUGUCAUAACGCCGAAGUAAGAACGUACAAACAUCUCAUGAAAGCCCCCACGGAGAGUAUUCGUAUUCCGAAGGUUUGCAUUUUUUUCAUUCAUAAAUGGUCCUGUGACAUUGGAAUUUACCGAUGUGUACACAUGAAUUAUCACUGA